GGAAGAGCGCUUCUCUCGCAAGGGGCUCACACUGAUCCAAGUUAGGAGCGUUCGUCUGCCAGCCUCGGCCCAUCAUGUAGCUGCGGAGGAGGAGGAGGAGGAGCAUUUUCUUUUUGCAGCGCAAUUACCUCGUUGCCCCCCCCCCCCGCAGGAGCCGUGCACCCGCACCCCCCCCCCCACCACCACCACACACCGCCUGCACCGAGCCGCGCGCUCCGGGACGCACAAAAAGCCUCCCAAGUGCAUGUAGAUCGAAGGCUCGUAUUUUUUGUGUGUGCGUGUUGUUGUUGUUGUUGUUGCAUCUUUUUUUUUUGUGCAAAGCGAGCCCGCUUCGAAGGAGCUCCCGGCGAUGGAGGGAGGGAGCGAGAGAGAAGGCAAAGUCUUUUGUGCUUCCCCUCCCCCUCAUCAGAGCAGAGGGGAAAUGUCUCAGCCGAAGGGAGGUAAGAGGAAGCCGGUGCUCAAGCUCCCCAAGGAGGUGUUUGAGCAGCCUCCUCCCGCCGCAGUACCCCCCAGAGACUUGGACUCCAAAGCCUGCGUGACCAUCGGAGAGAAGAACUUCGAGGUGAAGGCCGAUGACCUGGAGCAGAUCUGCGAGCUCGGCCGAGGAGCGUACGGCGUGGUGGACAAGAUGAGGCACGUGCCCAGCGGCCUGAUCAUGGCGGUCAAGCGGAUCCGGGCCACAGUGAAUACUCAGGAGCAGAAGAGGCUCCUGAUGGACCUGGACAUCUCCAUGAGGACCGUGGACUGCUUCUACACCGUCACCUUCUACGGGGCGCUGUUCAGAGAGGGCGACGUCUGGAUCUGCAUGGAGCUGAUGGACACGUCCCUCGACAAGUUCUACAAGCAGGUGAUCGAGAAGGGCAUGACGAUCCCCGAGGACAUCCUGGGAAAGAUCGCCGUCUCGAUCGUAAAAGCUCUGGAGCAUCUGCACAACAAUCUGCAAGUCAUACACCGAGACGUGAAGCCGUCCAACGUGCUGAUCAACACCCAGGGGCAGGUGAAGAUGUGCGACUUCGGCAUCAGCGGCUACCUGGUCGACUCCGUGGCCAAAACCAUGGACGCCGGCUGCAAGCCCUACAUGGCGCCGGAGAGGAUCAACCCCGAGACGAACCAGAAUGGCUACAGCGUCAAAUCUGACAUCUGGAGCUUAGGGAUCACGUUGAUCGAGCUCGCCAUCCUGCGCUUCCCGUACGACUCGUGGGGAACGCCGUUCCAGCAGCUGAGGCAGGUGGUGGAGGAACCGUCGCCUCAACUUCCUGCCGACCAGUUCUCCCCCGAGUUCGCGGACUUCUCCGCUCUGUGCUUAAAGAAAGUUUCCAUAGAGCGGCCGACUUACACAGAACUCAUGCAACUUCCCUUCUUCACCUCCCACGAGGCCAAAGAAACCGACGUGGCGACCUUUGUGAAAGUCAUCUUGGGGGACUGAGUCGCCACACCGGCACCGGACUGGCACCAAUCGCAGCCCCUCCCCCCCAC